ACAUUUUCGUAAACAGACGGCUUAUUUCCUCUCAACAUUUAAAGAAAUCUUAUUCAGUGUAAAAAUGAAUUUCAAUCAAUUAAUAUCCUUACAGGCGACAUGUCUGAGAGAGGCAAGAAAAUAUUUGCAUCGGCCGGAAUCUCAACAUCAUUAGACACUGUGUUAGCGACAACAUUAGGUACAACGUAUCAUUCUAGACUGAAGAAAAGCAAUCCAAAUUUGUUAAGUGAAAAAAGUUUAAGUAAUAAUUCAUCGAAAAGUUCGAGUGGAUCAAGUUUGACAUUAACCAAUAAUAAUCUUAUUAAUAGCAAUAAUAACAAUAUUAUAAAUAGUGAAAAAAAUCAGUAUCCACAUCAUCAGUUUUAUUGUUCUCAAAUUUCAACAUCUGCAAAUUGGCAAUCGAACCGGAACAGCAUUUCCUCACAAAAGCGACGAUCAGGACUCAGCACUGGUCUAGCCAUGUCACAAACAGACGAAUUUCACACACCAAAUUAUCUCUCAUGGAGGAAGCUACAACUGAGUCGAGCGAAACUGAAAGCAUCUAGUAAAACAUCUGCCCUUCUGUCUGGUUUCGCAAUGGUGGCAAUGGUGGAAGUCCAAUUAAAUAAUGACACUAAGGUUCCACUAGGAAUGCUUAUUGCCUUUUCAGUAUGCACAACACUCCUCGUAGCGGUCCACAUGCUCGCAUUAAUGAUAAGUACCUGUAUUUUACCAAACAUUGAGACUGUAUGUAAUCUACAUAGUAUAUCACUCGUACAUGAGUCACCACAUGAGAGACUUCAUUGGUACAUUGAAAUUGCAUGGGCAUUUUCAACACUAAUAGGUUUAGUACUAUUUUUGAUAGAAAUUGCGAUACUUUGUUGGGUUAAAUUUUACGAUUUAUCGCAAGCGGCAGCUUGGUCAGCCUGUAUUGUAUUAGUUCCAGUACUCAUCGUAUUUUUAGCAUUUGCAAUUCAUUUUUAUCGAAGUCUCAUGACGCACAAGUAUGAAGUAUCAGUAUCAGGCAUAAGAGAAUUAGAAAUGUUGCGUGAGCAAAUUGAACAAGAUAAUCAAGUCGAUCAACAUCGUAGACGCAAUCCGAAUGGACUAAACUAUUCACCAGCUGGAACUGAAGUUGUGUAGAGCUUCCAAACAUCCAGACUGACAUAUCUUGUGAUCAAACUUAUGCCAUUAAUAGAUUAAAAUUGAAUCAUUGACGCUAAAAGUAAAGAAUUAAAAGCAAGAAAAAUUACUGAAAUAAGAAACAUAAAAAAACUCCACUAAUGAAAAAUCUCAAAAGUGAUAUAAAGGAACUUUAAUCGAAUUACG